UCGGGUUUCACCGUCCAGGAAGUCGCAACUUCGGAGGAGCUGCUGUGAUAAACUGGGCGCGCUCAGGACAGUCGCUGCCCCGGCCAGAGCCGGUGACUUUCUUGGUCGGAGGACCCAGCGCGUUUCUCAUUCCCUUUCCUCUCUUCCUCUUCGGGAAAGGCUCGGAAGGGCGGCAUGGACCUGGGCGUGAUCGUGUCCAAGAGCGUGCUGCUCUUUAUCAGCUUCAUCUUCUGGGGUGCAGCAGCUGGACUCCUCUACGUCGGCGCACACAUCCUCAACGCUUACAAGGAGUACGACUCUUUUCUCCAGAACCGAGAUGCUCUUUUGCCCCCCAUCAUCAUCAUUGGCGUUGCUCUGGUCAUGCUGGUCAUUGGCAUACUUGGCUGCUGUGCCACCCUCCGUGAAUCCAAGAUUGGGCUAGGAGUGUUCUUGGUCAUCAUCCUGCUGAUCUUCACGGCAGAAAUAGCCGUCUUUGUGCUUGGAUUUAUUUACAGAGGAAAGAUCGCAGCCGAGUUCCAUGACUCUCUGUCGAAAUCCUUUGCAGCCUACAAUGGAAAAUCAGAAAACUCUCAGAGUGUAGAUUACCUGCAGCGGGAGCUUCAGUGUUGCGGAGUCCAAAACUACACCGAUUGGAUUGGUACCCAGUGGUUCAACACUGCAGGCAACCACACUGUUCCUCUGAGCUGCUGCAAGCAAGGCCCGGCUAUAAAGAAUUGCACAGGACGACUAAGUGAGCAGGAGCUUCUCAACACACAAGGCUGUGAAAAGGUUGUGGAUCUCCGUGACCUGUUCAACUACGCGAUGCUUGUUGUCUUAGCUUUUGCCAUUGUGAAGUUUUUUGGAAUGCUUGGGAUCUGCGUGUUGGCCUGCAAGAAGGAAAGCAGCGGGUACCAGCCCCUGAGCACGGGGGUGUUCGCCUGACCACGAAAUGGAGGGAUUUUCCUUUUGGGAUUUCCACGAACAAAGAUGGAAAAGUGUCUUGAGUAGAAAGCACUAGCCCAUUUUUUAUGAAAUCCCAAAGGAGAUUACACUGGCUUUCAGAAGCCCUAUUAAAGGUGAAAUAGUUGGCAUUAACAUCCUCAUAAGCCUGAGAUUUGUCUGAUGUAGUUGAAAUUAAGGUGCCCUUGUUUUAACAGUAGAUGGAGACAUUCGCCAGAAAAGACAGACCAGCAUCUGCGAUUCCAGUGUCUGAUAUAAUUUGUGAAUCUAUCCUUGAAUAGACUUAAAGGAAUUAUUUUUUACACCAGUCAUAUUUUUCCCCCAGAUUGGUUGGGCCACAGGUACAUGGUAAAGGGCUAGGGGCUUAUAGCAAAUCUCUAAAAUCCAGUGGAAAUGGCUAAAAGUUAGACAUAUUGAAAUCCACUCUGAGGUAAAUGUUGAGAACAUAGUAUGCCUUGGAUUGAAGCUGGAUUCUUCUCCCAAGAAAAACUUCAGAUACGAAUGCCGACAAUUGCUUUUACUCUAGACUGAUGUUUUCUGGAGUAACUUGGAGAUUUAGACAUAGGCAGACUUCAUCUGGGAGUGAUCAGCUUUUCUAACAGACUAUCCAUUACAUUUCUGAUUGUGUGAAUUCUUCUGCUAAGAAGUUGAGUUAGGUCGGAAAUGCUUAUAGAUUCCUAAUCUCCCUUUUUUUAGCUCCUGAUGUUGAAUGUUUAAUUCUGGUGGUAAAUUGACAAUUCAUAUAAGGGAAGCACAAUAAAGUUGUAACAUAAUCCCUAAAAUAGGCUUCAGACUUUAAGCCAGGGGUGUCCAACCUUGGUAACUUUAAGAUUUGUGGACUUGAACUUCCAGAAUUCCCCAACCACCCAUGUUUGUGGGGAAUUCUGGGAGUUGAAGUCCACAAGUCUUAAAGUUGCCAAACUUGGACACCCGUUUUAAGCAAAGAAAGACAUACUCUGCUCUAAAUAUCAAUCAUAACCUCAUCUCUGAAAAAAAUAUACUUCUUGUUAUCACUGCAUCCUUAGAUCUAGUCUGUCAAAACUAAGUACAAUUCCUAGCUAUAAAUUUGUUGAGCUGCAGAGUUGCUAGAAUCCUUCAGAAGUGAUGGGUUAAUUACUUAUUCCCAGCCAUACCUGCACUGAGUAGUUAUGUACUCCAGAGACACCAGGUUAGAGAAGGCUGAUCUAAGUGUUUGUGGUUUGAUUUUUUUUUUAGUCUUUGUUCACUGGAUGCUCCAGGUUGAAUACAUCCUAUUUUUGGUCCAAUAAGCCAGUAUGCACCGCAGUUGGGUAAAAUUUCAGGAUGUGCCUGGAAAUAUAUUAAAAAUGUGAUGCUGCUUUCAUUCCAAUAGCAGCUGAGCUUGAUAUUAAACUUUUUCUCCAGAUGAAGGAUGUUGAUUUGCUGGGGCACCAUUAGAUGCAUUCUUUAUCUUUUGUCUUCUUGUUUUUGUGAGUAGAGAAGCAACUUGGAUAGCAGAUGUAUUGCUGUGGGGAAAAGCAAGUUUUGUUUUUUUUUCAAACCAUUUUUCUUUAAAUUUUGAGUAUUGUAUGGCUACUAUAUUCCAUAAAGAGCAUCCUGAAAUCCUAAAUAAAAUACUUCAAAAAUAAAAA